AAUCGCAGUACGUGUCGUACCGGAGUGGUCACGUUUAGUGAUUAAUACAUCAAUUAUCGUUCCAUGCUGAGUGUUUUCUUACACAUUUAUCCUUGAUUUUUUAAUUAGAUUGUACACGUGUGGUUAAUUUGUUAUUGUUAUUUACUUACAGCCGUAUUCUUAUACUCGUUAUAUAAACGCAACUCAGCUGUGGAGACAAUUUCGUUCUUGAACUCAACUGAAGUGGUCCGUAUGGUGCUAUUGAUCAAGUAAUGUACCUAGGUUCAAGAAACUAAACAAACAGCAAAAUGGAAAGCACCACUAGUUCCAUUGAAAGUGUUACACUCGAGUACAAUUCCGCGAUAAACAACGAACUUUUCCCAAUCCAAGGUCUACCGGAAGAAGUGUUGGAGCAGAUAUUCUCAUUUCUUCCAUUUUUGGAUCGUAAGUCGGCUUCGCUAGUGUGUACAACGUGGGAAAGAUUGGCUUUCAGUCCAGGAUUCUUGCGUAAAGUAGCGCUCAAAAUAGGACCUCCUGGAAACUUCAUACACAAAAGCAACCGCCGUUAUAGAAAUAUUUUGCUGAAUAGGCACGUUUACAGCAAUUUUCCUUUCCAGUAUGUGUUGGAGAUUUUGGAUCGGUUUGCUACAGAUGUGGAGAGUUUCCAGUGUAAGGGACAUUUAGGCUCAGAGCAAGUAUGUAUGGUGUUAAGCCGUUUGUCAAAUCUGCAACAAUUGAUAGUUGGAUUGGACUUCAGGGACUGGCAUACAAUACCUCCAUUUUUGCAAGUUCAAACUCCAGGACCGUUGAACAACGAAUUGCAGAUCGAAAGUCUAAAUGUUCCCAACGUGACCCAUCUCAGCAUCAGCUUUACCAAUUCAAAGGAUGCAAUGGAUUCCAUGGCUGUGUUGCAACGACUAGCUCCUCAGCUCAAGAACGUGGAUUUGUAUUCAACAGAACUUUUUAUCCCUUUAGAACAGCUCCAGUUUCCGAAAGCUGAAGUGCUGAAAAUUGGCGAAAAUCUGAGCGUGACACAAAAUGGUAGGGAUCUACGAACAUUCUUCGCUGGAUUUAAGCUUCUGAAGGAAGUCAGACUGGAUUGCGUCGUUGAAGAAAUAGGGAUUGAUUUGAUAACUAAGGCAUGUCCAGGAAUCGAAUUGUUCGAAUUCAAGGUUCCUCGCUUCAAUUCGAUUCCGUUUCAUUUGUUGGAGUGUCUUAAAUACUUGAAGACUUUAGGCCUUGGACCAGUCUAUGAAGUUCCAGCAAAUAGCCCAAUAUGCAAUCCGUUGGUGAGCGUGAAAAACCUAAGCAUGGAGCUAUUUGAAUGUGAAGAGAGUUGCAUCGAACGACUAAGACAUCUACUACCGAACGUUAUCGCCAUGGAUGUAACACUUUCGAUUUUUCCGGACGACGAUUGGACAUUCGAGACAGGAUUGAAACACAUCUGCCGAAACUUCCGAGAACUUCAGCGUCUGGUAAUUGAUGAUCUGACAUAUCGGAAUGGAACCCUCAGCAGCCUUCUUGAUUUGGAGCAACUAGAUCAACUAGAAGAUCUUACCUUCAAGGGAAUUGAUACACAGAUAGGUAAUAUGCCAACGAACCCACUGCUUAAGCGAUUUGUAAUACACCAUCCCGAUUGGUUGUCCGACGAGGAUUUGCUCGAGUUGGCGAGGAAGUAUCCAAACCUGCGAUACCUCGAACUGGGCUUGGGCAGACGAGUGUCAUCUGAGGGGAUUGCCGCUUUCAAAUCGCAACUGGUGAACUGUGUAGUGCACUGUGUCCCGGAUCCGACUGGGUGCUGGGACCGAAUAUACAAGAAUUAUAUAGAUGAAUUGCUGCUUUUAAAUCGCAACUGGUUUCCCCGGCUUUAACAAAUUUGAGCGAUUGAUUGGAAAUAUUACAACACAUAUGCCCACUGAAUUGGCGAAUAGGCUUCAAUAAACCACACUUGAUCUAUGUUUUAA